AUGUCUGUGCUUUCAUUUGAGACACUCAGCUUGAAAGAUGAUGACUGUCUAUCCCCAGUACGACCAACAGAUUUGGACGACGUGUUUGACAGAGACCUGGAGUCAGAUGACCAAGAGCAGACCAAGAAGGACAAGAAGAGGGAGAUGUCUGUGGCAGAGGUGUAUAUGCAGGCAUGCAAACUGGUGGGCGUAGUUCCCGUCUCUUACUUUAUCCGAAACCUGGACUCUUCAACCAUGACACUCAGCCACCAUGGGCUUGGAUCACUGGGGUGCAAAGCACUCGCCAUUGCAUUAGUGACUGAUAUGCACAUUAACACCCUGGAAGUGGCAGACAAUAACAUUCAAGCUGAAGGAGCCAAAUACCUGGUGGAAAUGUUGAGGGCUAAUUUCACUAUUCAGCAUCUGGAUUUGUCUAACAACCAUUUGAAGACUGCUGGAGCUGAGCAUGUGACUAAAAUGUUGCUGGAAAAUAAUUCCCUAAAAUCCAUCAAACUUUCAGGAAAUGGAUUCACAGAUGACGAUGCAAAAUAUUUUGCAGAUUCCUUGUCAUCCAACUCAAGGAUAAAGGAACUGGACUUGAGCCACAAUGGGUUUUGUGGAAGGGGAGGGGAGCAUUUAGGACAGCUUCUUGCAAACAAUGAAAGCUUAGAGGUGCUGGACCUCAGCUGGAAUCAUCUUAGAAUGAAAGGGUCUGUUGCCUUUAGCGCUGGACUGAAGGUGAAUAUAAUGUUAAAACACCUGGACUUAUCGUGGAACGGUUUUGGAAACGAGGGAGCAUUGGCCAUGGGAGAGGCCCUCAAAUUCAACAGCACUCUGGUGCAUCUCAACCUCAACAACAACCGCCUCACAAAUGAGGGGGUCAGCAUGCUGUGCAGGGGUCUUGAAUACAAUGACACGCUUCGGGUACUGCUGUUGGCUUAUAAUUCUUUAACAGUAGAGGGUGCAUUGGCCCUGGUCAAUGUGGUGAAGAAGACCCCUAAAACUGCCCUGGAAGAGAUCAAUAUUUGUAAUGUACAGGUUGAUGAGAACUUUGUGAAUCUGUUGGAGUUAACGUGUCAGGAGCACCCCGGUCUGGAUGUGCAGUAUGGAGGUGUGGGAGGCUCCAUCUCUAAGAAGCCACCAAAACAAAUUGAUCCAAUGAAGGUCAUCCAGGAUUAUCUUGAUAACCGCAAGUUGCGCCUGUGGGAUUUCUUUCGGAAUAUUGACAAAGAUGGCACCAUGCGAGUCCCUGUUGCUGACUUCAGGAGGGCGGUUCAGCAAUCGAGCAUUCCUUUGGAUCGAUACCAGAUUGAGGAGCUUAUUCGGAGACUUGAUCGGGACAGGACCGGAAUCGUGGAUUACAGGCGAGUAUUUCCCAUGGGACUGGCGGAUACCAGAAAACAAAUGAUGAGAAACCAACGUCGCCAGCUUAGGAAGGUUGAGUCCCGCCAGAAGAAAGAGAAGCAGAAGAGUGAUCGCAUCCUGAAAACCUUCCAGAGUGCUGUGGAGGCGGUCACACCGCGCAGCUCCAUGGUUAUUUCUCCAGGAGCAGCCAGAGAGGAGAUGGGUGGCCUUCAACCAUUUUCAGCCACCCCCCUCAGCUCUUGGCAUCACAUUGUCAUGUCGAAUAGCAGCCGUUACUCUGUCUCUAACCUGAGCAAUGAGCAUGUCCACCUGCCUGUGAUAGGAGGCAUCUCACCUUAUCGUCCCACAAGUUCCCCGGCAAUGCGCUCCUACUCACAACCCAACCUGAUGGCUGACUCUCCUCUCUCUAUGCCAAGCAAGCCUAUCUCUGCUCAGGGAGUUUGCUCUGAUCCAGAGAUGGCCCACAGAAAACUUAGUCCCACUACUGACAGCCUGACCAGGUCCAGACCUGCUCUCAAUGCCAAGCAGCCAGAGGUUCAAGUCAGUACGAAGAAAGUAAAGAAAAAGAAAGCAAAAAAACGCACAAAUAAAGACUCAAAGGAUCCAAGAAAAAUGGUCAAGUAACGUCAAAACCUGACAUAUAGAAUUUUUGGGGGUUUUUGCUAUGUAAAAUUAUUGUUAUACAUCCGUUGUUUUUAUCAAAAACAAUGAUGUAAAUUAUUCAUUUGGAUUCUUUUAUUCAUUUGGAUUCUUCGUAUCCGCCCUGCUUUAAUAAAGUUUGU